GACCUCAAAGUUUUCAAAGCUUUCAUGACAAUACUGCACGAUAUCUUCUUUUAAUUGGGAUACCUAGUAAUCUUCAGAAAUUGUAUUAUACAUAUAUUUUCAGCAUCCGCGAAGGUACUAAAUACGUAGAAAAGAUGGCACCCCUCCGCCAUCGACAGAGUCUCUCAAAGGAGAAGUUCUCCGGAUACUUUGGCUCUUUAAAAACCCAAACUUAUAACGAUCCUGGUACAAGAGGCUCUGGCUCUCAUAGUUUAAGGACAAUUUCAUGGAAUCCUCUGGGCUCGCUGAUCGCAACUGGAGCUGCAGAUAAAACACUGAGGGUAUGGAACCCCGAGAGACCUUCAGUGAAUUACUCUACUCAACUUGUCGGCCACACUGCUGGGAUCGAAAAGGUGGCAUUCAAUCCUGUAAAAGAUGCUGAACUUGCCAGUGUAAGCAGUGAUGGUGUUGUCAAGUUUUGGGACGUCAGAACCAAAGCUGUGAUUAACGAAGUCAAAGGAUUGGGCGACGCAUUCACAUUAGUCUGGCAUCCGAACGGGGAGAGUCUGAUUGUUGGUAACAAGUCUGACAAUAUCUACAUACUUUCCCCAACACAAUCAACUCCUCUUGCUUCACAUCAGCAGCCAGUACAAACAAACCAAAUCGCUUUCUGCUGGAGUGGUGACAAAAUAUUCCUUACAACAGGAGAAGGUCGUAUAAAGAUUCUAUCCUAUCCUGACUUCAAACCCAUCUUUAACAUGAGCUUCGAGGCUUCACAACCCUUCACUUUGAACGGGCAUACAUCCUCGUGUCUUUCCGUGGAGAUGCAGCCAACAGCUAGGUUCUUGGCAAGUGGAGGCUCGGAUUCCAUCAUUGCACUUUGGGAUACAACUGAUUGGAUAUGUCAACGUACUUUGAUUGAUAUGGUUGGCCCCAUCAGAAGCAUAAGUUUCAGCUUUGAUGGAAGCUAUAUUGUUGGAGGUAGUGAUGAAGGCUCAGGAUUGGAAAUUGCUCAUACCGAGACUGGAGAGCAUGUGUACACCGUCAAAGGCAGCCCUUGUCCUGUUGUGGCCUGGCAUCCCAACAAAUAUACUCUAGCAUAUGUGGAAAACGGAGGCUUGAAAAUCGUUGGAGUGGACUUAGAAAGGAAGUAGAUGGCCUGUAUCUAUGUGGUCCUAACAAUCGGCUCGUAAGCUUUCUACAAGGGCUUUACAAGCGGCGUGGAUGCUCCGGAAAGCACCAACUACAGGAAAUUCGGUUGAAAAGCCACCGCAAAGUUGUCCUCGCAACAGAAGCGACGGAUGAUCAUCACGAUACGGAUGAACAUGUAUGCGAAAUAUCUUGCUCGACUAUUACCUAUCCACUAGCUUGUAUAUCGAAGAAUUAGGGAGAUACAUAUGACAAUUUCAGGCGAUGAUGUUCAAAUACAGUUUACUAGCAAAGAGCAAAGACCCAAGAUCCAUACCUCCGUGCGAUUGAGCUCCAGCCUGUUGGAUCACUUGCACGUCAUUUCAGUCACCUAAACAUGAACUUUCCCAAAGCGUUUGAAGAAUGCAUAGCAUGACUUGGUGACGCGGGGCAACAUCCAGCCGUAUUACUGCUAGGAUCUCCUUUGUCCCUCGAGCUCAACUGGAUCCGGUUGUUCCACAAGGCUGAUGUGUACCUAAGCAGCAGCGUGUCUGCCAUGCAUAUGCACCUCUUGCUAAAGAUGUUGAUGGUGUUGUGAAUAGGAGGUUCACGAACAUGGUUCUAUCUAAGCUUACGAAUGAAAACGGCUUUAAUGUUGAUGCCUUGAGUAACGUGUUAGGAUUAACUGUUAUGAAACGUUGCCAAUUGAUUUUGAGUUGUUGCAAAGCA